AUGGCUUUCACGAUCACAACUUCAUCCCAAGGUUCUACAUCUACAUCUGGCCUUCAAUUAGCUAGAUCAUGGGAGAAUGCCAUAACAGGCAUUGGUCAAAUAUUUAAAGAUGCAACUCAUUUUAAGAAGGCACUAAGAAAUUAUUCAAUCGCCCAUAACAAAGAUUAUCAAUUCAUCGAGAAUGAUAAAUUAAAAGUUACUGUCAAAUGCAUUAAUGAAAGUUAUCCAUGGCGACUGCAUGCAUCAAGGGUUGGGCAGCAGGGGACUUUCAAAAUCAAAACAUUCAGUAACACGCAUUCUUGCGGCAGUGGUAUUGGGAGGGACGGACAUCCAAAGGCAUCAAAAAUAUGGGUUGCCGAUAUAGUGUUUCAGAAAGUCAGAGACAGACCAUUGUAUAGACCAAUUGAUAUCAAGAAGGAUAUUCAAAAAGAUUUUGGCAUUCAUCUUUCUUACAGGCAAGCUUGGCUCGAUAAAGAGGUUGCUAGAGUUGCAUUACAUGGUGAACAUUAUACAUCAUUUGAUCUUUUGCGAUGGUAUGGUGAAGCAGUGGCUGAGACUAACCCAGAAAAUUUAUUUGUACUUGAGUAUCCAGAUAGAUAUUUUGAGAGGGUGUUUAUAUGUUUUCAUGCAUGUUUAGUUGGAUUCAAGAGUGAAUGCUGCCCUUUAUUGUUCAUGGAUGGAACCCAUAUUCUUAAUAGAUAUGGUGGUGUAAUGCUCUCAGCAAUGGCACUUGAUGUUGAGAAUGAGAUGUUUCCACUGGCUUUUGCUAUUGUUAGUGCAGAGAAUGAUGUCAAUUGGAUUUGA